AUGAGGGUAGUGUUUUUGUGUUUUUUGACACUCCUGGUGGCCACUGGUACCGCGAGUGGCAGAGGCCAGUACCAAGGAGCACUCAUCGAGACUCCAACCAACUGGAAAUGGAGUGCAUCAUAUUCCUCCCCGCUGCAGAUCUCCUACAGUAGUAGUGCAUAUCCUGCAAGCAAAGCAGUCACUGGAAGUGGUAGUGCAUCGUCCCAGAAUGGUGCCGUAUCUUAUAUGGGAUACGGACACGGGUCGAGUUGGAACAAUGCUGCAAGUGGAUUCGAUUCAACGCUUUACAACGGUGGGAAAUGGAGUAGUUCGGAUGGUAUCUACAGUGGAUAUGGGUCCGGAGGCUUAGACUAUUAUUGGAACUGGCGAAAAAGUGGAUUUGUUACAGCCAAGCACAAGCCAUCAUCCUACUCUGGAGGUUACGCAGUAUCUAGUGUUGGUUCAAACACAAAUGGGCAAGCAGGAAGUGGUUUUGGAGCCGGUGGACUAACUGGUGGUGACUUAACCGGGUCCGGACUAGGAGCAGGAAGAUUAGGGACCACAGUCUUGGGUAUUGGGGUUGGAAGAGGAUAUAGCACCGCUGGAGGUUUCGGACUUGGAUCUGGGAAAGGACACAGCACCGUUGCCGAGUCCGGACUAGGCGCAAGAGGAUCCACAGGUGAACUAGGAAACGCAGGAUUCAGUGUGGGAGCUGGAAAAGGAUAUAGCACAGUUGGAGGUUUCGGACUUGGAACUGGGAAAGGGCACAGCACAAUUACUGGAAACAUUUUUGGAUUUGGCAGCGGCAAAUAUGGUACCAGCGGAUCAUACGGUCUUUACGGACGUGGCUCAGGUUGGAGCACAGGCUCCAUGUUCGCUCCAGCCGGAGUUAAACCAAUGUAUGGUAGCGGCACUUUGAUUUCCGGAUCAACUCAAGGUAGCCAACCUACCAUCCCAAGCAUAUCCAGUCUAUAUACUGAUAGCAAAUGGAGUAAUCGAGGAGUAUAUUCAGGCUACGGAGGUGGACUCGACUUCUAUUGGAAAUGGCGUAAGAAUGGAUUCCACGGUGAAGGAUCUCCGACCGGAACUUCCAGUGGUUACAUUUCUGGUUCUUCAUCUGGCUCUGGGUUGGGAACAGGAAUUACUUUGGGUUCCAGUUUUGGAAAAGGAAGUGGAGCUGGUAUUGGAAGUGGAAUUGGAUUUGGAGGAGAAUCUGGAUUUGGAAAUGGAAUCGGGUUUGGAAGUGAAUCCGGAUUUGGAAGUGGUUCUGGAUUUGGAAGUGGUUCUGGAUUUGGAAGUGGACCCGGACUAGAUAGUGGAACUGGAUUUAAAAGUGGAACCAAAUAUGGAGGCGGGGGAAGAUUGGGAAGCGUAGUCGCAUCUGGAAGUGGAGUCGCUAUUGGAACUGCGUCCGGAUUCAAAAGUGGGGCUGAAUUUGGUGGUAUACCAAAAGCCGGUGCCCCAGCAGGCGCUUCACUUGGACCUGGAUUAGGGAACGGAUCACACGUUUAUUCAAAAUUGAAUGCAGCAAGUACACCAGCAACAGGAUCUAACUUUUUCAAUGUAUAUGGUACAAAAUUGAGUGGUGCCACUAUACCAGCGGUAGUUGCCGAAGGACAUGGAACCCAUAUAACGGGAAAAUACCAAAGUCGCCCUUCUACCAUCUCCGGCAUGUUCCCCAUGUACAGUCAAAGUAAGUGGACAGCAGACAAUAGUGGACGUAAAACUGGAUACUAUACUGGCUAUGCUCAAGGUAAUCAGCCCGGAAAUAUGGCCACUUUGACCGGAUCCAAGUUUUCUGCAACUCAAAUUGGAUCUACUCAAUUUAGCCCUGCCGCGUUUCCGAGCACAUCAGGGGUUAUUGGUAGCCCUGGAUUCUCUUCCAACCUUUACAGCGGUACAAAAUGGAACACGGGUGGAGUAUAUUCUGGAUAUGGAGAUGGCCUCGAGUCAUACUGGAGAUGGCGUAAAAAUGGUUUCCACGGAGCCGAUGCUGCUCCUUCAGGCUCUUACACUGGAUUUAGUACAACCUACAGCAGCAAAUAUAGUGGUUCCGGUGGAAGCGGUACAGCAGGAAGUGGAUUAGAAAGUAGCGAUAAAUUGGGUGCAAGCAUUUAUACAGCAAACAAGCCUUUCGGCAGUGCUGGAGGUUCAGCGUUAGCCGGAUCCGGAUAUUUGGUUGGUGGAAGCGGUUCUGGAUUUGGAAGUAGGCCCGGACUUGAUAGUGGAACUGGAUUUAAAAGCGGAACCAAAUAUGGAAGCGGUGGAGGAUUGGGAAGCGUAGUCGCAUCUGGAAGUGGAGUCGCUAUUGGAACUGCGUCCGGAUUCAAAAGUGGGGCUGGAUUUGGUGGUGUACCAAAAGCCGGUGCCCCAGCAGGCGCUUCACUUGGACCUGAAUUAGGGAUCGGACCACACGUUUAUUCAAAAUUGAAUGCAGCAAGUUCACCAGCAACAGGAUCUAACUUUUUCAAUGUAUAUGGUACAAAAUUGAGUGGUGCCACUAUACCAGCGGUAGUUGCCGAAGGACAUGGAACCCAUAUAACGGGAAAAUACCAAAGUCGCCCUUCUACCAUCUCCGGCAUGUUCCCCAUGUACAGUCAAAGUAAGUGGACAGCAGACAAUAGUGGACGUAAAACUGGAUACUAUACUGGCUAUGCUCAAGGUAAUCAGCCCGGAAAUAUGGCCACUUUGACCGGAUCCAAGUUUUCUGCAACUCAAAUUGGAUCUACUCAAUUUAGCCCUGCCGCGUUUCCGAGCACAUCAGGGGUUAUUGGUAGCCCUGGAUUCUCUUCCAACCUUUACAGCGGUGCAAAAUGGAACACCGGUGGAGUAUUUUCUGGAUAUGGAGAUGGCCUCGAGUCAUACUGGAGAUGGCGUAAAAAUGGUUUCCACGGAGCCGAUGCUGCUCCUUCAGGCUCUUACACUGGAUUUAGUACAACCUACAGCAGCAAAUAUAGUGGUUCCGGUGGAAGCGGUACAGCAGGAAGUGGAUUAGAAAGUAGCGGUAAAUUGGGUGCAAGCAUUUAUACAGCAAACAAGCCUUUCGGCAGUGCUGGAGGUUCAGGGUUAGCCGGAUCCGGAUAUUUGGUUGGUGGAAGCGGUUCUGGAUUUGGAAGUAGGCCCGGACUUGAUAGUGGAACUGGAUUUAAAAGCGGAACCAAAUAUGGAAGCGGUGGAGGAUUGGGAAGCGUAGUCGCAUCUGGAAGUGGAGUCGCUAUUGGAACUGCGUCCGGAUUCAAAAGUGGGGCUGGAUUUGGUGGUGUACCAAAAGCCGGUGCCCCAGCAGGCGCUUCACUUGGACCUGAAUUAGGGAUCGGACCACACGUUUAUUCAAAAUUGAAUGCAGCAAGUUCACCAGCAACAGGAUCUAACUUUUUCAAUGUAUAUGGUACAAAAUUGAGUGGUGCCACUAUACCAGCGGUAGUUGCCGAAGGACAUGGAACCCAUAUAACGGGAAAAUACCAAAGUCGCCCUUCUACCAUCUCCGGCAUGUUCCCCAUGUACAGUCAAAGUAAGUGGACAGCAGACAAUAGUGGACGUAAAACUGGAUACUAUACUGGCUAUGCUCAAGGUAAUCAGCCCGGAAAUAUGGCCACUUUGACCGGAUCCAAGUUUUCUGCAACUCAAAUUGGAUCUACUCAAUUUAGCCCUGCCGCGUUUCCGAGCACAUCAGGGGUUAUUGGUAGCCCUGGAUUCUCUUCCAACCUUUACAGCGGUACAAAAUGGAACACCGGUGGAGUAUAUUCUGGAUAUGGAGAUGGCCUCGAUUCAUACUGGAGAUGGCGUAAAAAUGGUUUCCACGGAGCCGAUGCUGCUCCUUCAGGCUCUUACACUGGAUUUAGUACAACCUACAGCAGCAAAUAUAGUGGUUCCGGUGGAAGCGGUACAGCAGGAAGUGGAUUAGAAAGUGGCGGUAAAUUGGGUGCAAUCAUCUAUACUGCAAACAAACCUUUCGGUAGCACUUCCGGAUCCGGAUAUGGACAAAUUUCAAACCGUCCUGCAGGUAGUAGAAUUUCUGUAGGUGAACUUUCUGGAAAUAAGCCUUUUGGUAGCGGGGUCAUCGUUGGUGGACUACCUGGAGGCGGAAGUGCGCACAUCGGAAGCGGACCUUCAUCUGGAAGUCUAAUGUAUAGCCAAAGUAAAUGGAAUGCUGGUGGUGGAUAUCAAGCCGGAUAUGGUCAAGGCAGUGGGUCCAAAUAUUAUCCAUCGAGUUAUAAACAAGGAUACACUGCCACUCUAACCUCAUUCAAACCAGGAUAUUCCGGAUCUAAAUUCUCCUCAAUACAAGCAGGUUCAAGUAAUUUUAGCCCAGCUAUAUUCCCAAGUACUAUGGGAACCGUUGGUAGUGCAGGUUUCUCUUCAAAUCUUUAUAAUGAUCCCAAGUGGAGUAGUAGCGGUGUAUAUUCGGGAUACGGCAGUGGUCUUGAGUCGUACUGGGCAUGGCGUAGAAAUGGCUUCCAUGGAUCUGUAGGAGCUCCUUCCACUUUCUAUUCAGGCUACAAAGGAGGAUCGCAUGGCAGCGGAACAGGAAGUCGGUUGUCCGGAAAUGGACUAAUAGGAUUUGUUUUGGGUGCCGGCGGAUUAGCUGGUAGUGGAUUAACCGGUGCUGGAUUAGGUGCCAGUGGACUUAUCAGUGGCGUAGCUGGAAUUUACCCAUCGAAACAGAUAGUAAGUAGUGGAUCAUCGUCACCUUCGUUAGGACUUGGUCUAGGUGCAAGCGGAGUAGCUGGCGGUGGAUUGAUAGGGAGUGGAUUGGCUGGAAGUGGAUUAACUAGUGGUGGAUUAGUCGGAGGUGGUGGAGUAGCCGGAAUUUACUUCUCGAAACAAACAGCAGGCAGUGGAUCAUAUAAUCCACUUUUGUCAGGAUCUAGAUCAACACUCAAUACACCAAAAUGUACAUGUACGCUAUGA